UCUUCUUCGAGCCAAUGGUUGAAGGGUUGUCAUUGAUGUUCCUCCUUGUUUCACUUUUAUUCGUCUCACGAGUAACGUCAAGAAACUUUACUAUAGAAAACAAAUGCGAUUAUACUGUCUGGCCGGGAGUUCUAACCACGAAUACCGUUCCACUCUCCACCACCGGCUUCGAACUCAAGAAAGGAGAGGCGCGUGUCAUCAACGCGCCGUCGUCAUGGACAGGUCGUUUCUGGGGUAGGUCUCUCUGCUCAACCAGCUCAAAAGGAAACUUCUCCUGCGCCACCGGAGACUGCGGCUCAGGAAAAAUCGAGUGCUCUGAAGGCUCAGCGCCUCCAACGACUCUAGCUGAAUUUUCCCUAAACGGUUCCAACGGUCAAGACUUCUAUGAUGUAAGCCUCGUAGACGGUUACAACCUUCCUUUAGUGGUGGUCCCACAACGUCCGCAGAGUGGCCAGACAUGCGUCAGCAUUGGUUGCGUGGUCAACCUGACCAAGACGUGUCCGUCGGAGCUUCAGGUUAUGGGAAGCUCCAGCGAGGGAGAGCCAAUUGCUUGCAUGAACGCUUGUCAGAAAUUCAAAACAGCGGAAUUCUGCUGCACCGGCGAGUACUCUACGCCUCAGAAAUGUCCACCGUCGCUUUACGCAAAGAAUUUCAAGAACGAAUGUCCACUCGCUUAUAGCUAUGUUUAUGAUGAUGCAACCAGCACAUUCACAUGCUCAAACUCACCUAACUACGUCAUCACCUUUUGCCCGCCGAUUACUUCGAACACCACCAACAACAACAGGAGCUCAGCGGCUGAUCCUCCAUUCCCAGCUCAACCUUCCAAGGAAACUAAUGGAGGAACAAAACGUAUCUCUCGCGGCCUAGAGUAUUUGCACAAUCGUUGUGUCACAAGGAUUGUGCAUUUCGACAUAAAGCCGCAGAACAUACUGAUGGACGAUCAUCUUUGCCCUAAGAUUUCGGAUUUUGGUCUUGCUAAACUAUGCAAGAAUAAGGAAGUAAGCAUAAUUUCAAUGCUAGAUGCCAGAGGGACAGCGGGAUAUAUUGCCCCUGAAGUAUUUUCCAAGAAUUUUGGGGGAGCUUCGCAUAAGUCAGAUGUGUAUAGUUAUGGGAUGGUGAUUCUUGAGAUGAUUGGAGCAAGGAAUAUAAACAUGGUUAAAAAUGCUCGUUCCACUAAUAGUUCAGUGUACUUUCCAGAUUGGAUCUAUAAGGAUUUUGAGCAAGGAGAAAUUAUGAGGAUUUUGGGAGAUCAGAUAACCGAAGAAGAAGAGAAAAUUGCGAAGAAAAUGGUAUUGGUUGGUUUGUGGUGUAUUCAGACGAAUCCAUCUGACCGUCCACCAAUGAUCAAAGUCAUUGAAAUGUUAGAGGGGAAUCUAGAGGCUCUCGAAAUUCCACCUAAACCUCUCUUGUAUUUACCCGCAGCAACGGUACCAGAAACUCUUGAAGAUAGUAAUGAGACUACAAGCUUCUCUAAUCCAACUCAGUUUGAAAGAGGUACUCCAUCAGCUAGCUAGUGAAGAUGUUUUACACUUUUCCAAAGAAGUGAUUCAACAAACUGUUGAGGAGAGUCAAUUUAGGUCAAGGUCCUCCUAAACUAAAAUCAACAAAAGAGUGGAUCUCUUAAAACUUAUCAAGAUCUUGAGGUAUUCUUCUCGGUUAGUCAUAUACAACUUCGGAUUUGAUUGUGUUUAUUCUAAGCUUAUUAAAUGAUGUUUAUUGAC